GCGCGGGCGGCGGCGGGAAACCACGGAAUUUACUGCCGGAAGUUCGGCGGCCUUCGCCAAGGAGUGUGGGCUCGGCUAGCAAGCUAGAGGGGCUCGUUUCCGCCCCGCUACCGGGCGGGGGCGGCCAUCUUAGAAGCGUGCAAUUAAGGGCUUUGGCGGGAUUGGCUCCGCGUUUGGGCUGGUCCGCUGCUCCCCACCUACCAGGGUCGGAUCCGGGGCCCUUCCCCGCGGGGCGGGGACCUCCAAACAACCGACUCCUUUCCAGCUGAAGAAACACUUAAAUUCUGGAAAUAGCGACUCAGUAUCAUGGCCAGCAGCCUUAAUGAAGAUCCAGAAGGAAGCAGAAUCACUUAUGUGAAAGGAGACCUUUUUGCAUGCCCGAAAACAGACUCUUUAGCCCACUGUAUCAGUGAGGAUUGUCGCAUGGGCGCUGGGAUAGCUGUCCUCUUUAAGAAGAAAUUUGGAGGGGUGCAAGAACUUUUAAAUCAACAAAAGAAAUCUGGAGAAGUGGCUGUUCUGAAGAGAGAUGGGCGAUAUAUAUAUUACUUGAUUACAAAGAAAAGGGCUUCGCACAAGCCAACUUAUGAAAACUUACAGAAGAGUUUAGAGGCAAUGAAGUCUCAUUGUCUGAAGAAUGGAGUCACCGACCUCUCCAUGCCCAGGAUUGGAUGUGGUCUUGAUCGUCUGCAAUGGGAAAAUGUAUCUGCGAUGAUCGAGGAGGUAUUUGAGGCAACAGACAUCAAAAUUACUGUGUACACACUCUGAACCAGUGAACAUUUUGGAUGUUUCCGUGUUCUCCUGUGUCAUCUCUACUGGGCCAUAGGACCGGGCAAACCUACCUUAAAAUAGGCAGAGGAAAGUUUCAUGAGAAGUAGUGUGUUUAACAAGACAGACUUUGGUUGCUGUAUUCAAGUAUUUGGACUAUGACUGUGGAGGAGGGCUUGCUUAAGAUAUGUUGUUGUGUUUUUUUGUGGAAAAGUAAGGAGUUAGGUGGCUUGAUAAUAGGCAGGGAAACCAGAUUGUCGGGACUAUGACCUUUUUCUCCAGUAUGCUACCUGAUUUGUUUGGCUGGCCACUAGGUGGCAGCAUUGGUUCUACUUCUCUGCUUUUUAAGAGAAAUUUCAGGAAGGAUGAUCAUUCCAGUUAGUUUGGCAUUUUUUGUCGUUUGUGCACAUAACUUGGUGUUAUCCUUAUGUCAUCAGAUUCCUCCUGGGGAGAGUUUUUGUUUUAAUUACAAAAUUAAAUUCUACAUUGUUACCAAGAAAUUUGUGGUGAUAAAAAUGGAAAAAUAAAAAUUUGGGGAGUUA